UUAUUUGCCGCUGAUAUUCCGAAAAGUUCGCAACGAAAUCGUGCAGUAGUCAUGCGCUAGCCCGCAAUCCGCAAUCUCGUACGUACGUCUAGUCGAGCAAAAGUGUAACGAAAGCGUAAAGCCGGAAACGGAAAGCAAACCGCAAAACUUAAAACUUAAAACCGCAUUUGAAAAUAGUUGAGAAUUAAAAUUAAAUAAUUCUAUUUCAAUUCUUGCAGAAAUUAAACAUAGUAACGUGACUAAGUUAUAAAAUAUAAGUGCGUAAGGACUUUGUACUAAGAAAUUUUUUUAAAAGUGUGCUAAUUAUGGAAGCCCCCAUUUAAAUUGCAAAAAUUUAUAAAGAAAUAAUAUUUUAUUACGUAUUUAUGUGUUUGAGAAGUGUUCUUAAUAAAAUUGGGCUUUUGAAUAUUUAAAUUAACUCUAAUUUGUGCACAAAAAACAAUGGCUGAUCACACGCCAAACGGCAAUGCCGAAGGUCAGGGUGGCCUCACUAUACCCACCAUCUCGGAGAGUUUGUCCAACAACACCACAUCCCAACAGUACAACGGAUAUCCGCUAAAUGCAAAUAGCUCUGCGUCCAAUGCGCUGGGCGACCCCACUCACCUGAGCACCGACAGUAGCAAUCCUGCCUGCCGUAAAAACUCCCGCCUUUCUCUCCGUGGUUUCGGACACUUUUUACGCAAGAAUUCGAGACAGGAGGAUGAACGUAAAUUCAGUUUGGCGCAACUAACAACGGAAGCAUUGCCCAGAUUAGAUAAUUACAGAAUAUCAAAGCGUAAUAUGAAGCGGCCAUCGAUUGGCGAAUUGCAUGGCGAGCUGCAAGAGCAGAGCAUCCAGAUGCCAGAUCCGCCACCUGAAAGCAAUAGUCACAUGAUCAAAUUAGGUUGGAUUAAUGGCGUCGUCAUACCAUGCUUACUUAACAUUUGGGGCGUCAUGUUGUUCCUGCGUCUCAGUUGGGUAGUCGCCGAGUCCGGUAUAAUGCAAUCUCUGAUUAUUAUCGCCAUUUCCGCGGUGGUUUGCGUGAUCACCACACUCUCAUUAUCCGCAAUCAGCACCAAUGGCGAGGUGAAGGGAGGCGGUGUGUAUUUCAUUAUUUCACGCUCACUGGGUCCAGAGUUUGGUGCUUCGGUUGGUGUUGUCUUUGCAUUCGCGAAUGCCGUCGCUGCAUCCAUGAACACUAUCGGUUUCUGCGAUUCACUAAACGAUCUAUUGAAAAGUCAUGGAUUGAAGAUUAUCGACGGAGGUAUUAAUGAUGUCCGCAUAGUUGGCGUGUGCACGAUAGUGGUGUUGAUUCUCGUUUGCUGCGUGGGCAUGGAGUGGGAGUCGAAAGCUCAAAAUUUCCUGAUCGUCACAAUAGUUCUGGCUAUUUUCAAUUUCCUUAUUGGCGCGGCCAUCGGACCACGCGGCGAUGAGGAAUCUAUCGCAAAAGGCUUUGUUGGAUUCUCUUGGAGCAAUUUUAAGGAAAACUUUGGUGGGGACUAUCGCUAUUCGGAGGGCGUUAAUCAGGACUUCUUCAGUGUAUUUUCAAUUUACUUCCCCAGUGUGACCGGCAUACAAGCGGGUGCAAAUAUUUGCGGUGACUUGAAGGAUCCAGGCGCAGCUAUACCCAAGGGCACAUUUUGGGCCCUCAUGAUUUCAAUGGCGUCAUAUGCACUUUUCGUUUUGUUUGCGGGUGGUGCAGCGGCACGAGAUGCCUCCGGUAAUGUAGCCGAUUUAAUUAAUGGCACAUUAAUCACUUCACAAUUGCCGUGCAAAGAGAACUCGACCUGUGAAUAUGGCCUACAUAACUCAUACUCCGUUAUGCAACUGAUGUCCAUUUGGGGUCCCCUCAUCUACGCCGGCUGCUUCGCUGCGACUCUGAGCACAGCACUAACUAACAUACUUUCAGUGCCACGCCUUGUGCAAGCCCUGGGGAUUGAUCGUAUUUACCCCGGUUUGAUUUUCUUCUCCAAACCUUAUGGUAAACAUGGCGAGCCCUACCGUGGCUAUGUGCUAACUUUCCUCAUAUCGGCUGGAUUCUUACUGAUCGGCGAGCUGAAUGUAAUAGCUCCACUUAUUUCGAAUUUUUAUUUGGCCUCUUACGCACUCAUUAACUUCUGUACAUUCCAUGCGUCAUUCGUUAAGCCGCUCGGCUGGCGACCAACAUUUAAAUAUUACAAUACAUGGUUGAGCUUGUUUGGCUUUAUACUUUGCAUCGCGAUAAUGUUCCUAAUCGAUUGGAAAUCUUCUCUCAUCACGUUAGUCAUUAUAUUUGCUCUCUACCUGAUCGUAAUGUAUCGUAAGCCAGAAGCUAAUUGGGGCUCUUCAACACAAGAACAACAAUACAAAGCCACACUGACUGCAGUUCAUCGACUGCAAAAUGUCUCCGAUCACGUCAAAAACUAUCACCCACAAAUAUUGGUGCUCUCUGGUGAUCCAAGCAGUCGGCCACCGCUAAUUGAUUUCGGCAACAUGCUCACCAGACACAAUUCCCUAAUGUUUAUCGGUAAUGUUGUCCCGAUGAGUUUGGGUUACAAAAACCGUUUGAGCGUCAUCAAGGAUGGCCAGAAAUAUUUGGAUGCGCGCAAAAUUAAAUGUUUCUAUAACGUCAUCGAUGGCUUGUCUAUGGAAGAGGGCGUUAAUGCGCUAAUAAAAGCCACCGGCUUUGGCAAGUUGACGCCGAACAUCGUAUUGAUGGGCUACAAAACCGAUUGGGCGCAAUGCCGUCGGCAGUGCGUCGAAAGCUACUUUAAUAUCUUGUACAAUACCUUUUCGCAGCGCAUGGGCGUGGUUAUACUACGUCUUCCAAAUGGUUUGGAAUUUUCCGAAUUGAAUCCCGAAAUACCGAUUAAUGGCCGGCAUAUGCAUAAUACUAACGAACUGGGUUACACGAAUACGUUGGUACCCAGCGCAAAUGCCGCUUCGGAGUUGUUGCAUGUGGACUCAAAUUUGAAUUUAGCUGGCAUUGACAGCACCAAUUCGUCGUUCACAGUGUCGCAUGUGCCAUCCAUGCCCAACAUGGCGAGUUCGCGAAAAUAUACCGUAAGCCAAGGCGACGGUAUAAAGUACCUGACAAAAGGUGGCUCCGAAGUACCGAAGGAUGUGCUCGACGCCGUGACGGUAUUCCUACGCAAACAGCCCAAGGGUACCAUAGACGUCUUCUGGCUUUAUGAUGAUGGCGGUCUGACUAUGUUGCUACCAUAUAUACUCUCGCUACGUUCAAAUUACCAAAAUUGUAAGUUGCGGGUAUUUGCAUUGAGUCACGGCAAGGAUGAGGAAAUGGAAGAAAAGAAUAUGGCCAAUCUACUGAAGAAAUUCCGCAUCAAAUUUUCCGAACUUAUAAUGCUUAAGGGCCUGUCCACAAGACCGCGCAUGGACACGCUGGUAAAGCACAGGCAACUCAUACAGAGUUAUUGUCACAACUCUGUCAAUGAAAUGCGUCAUCUCGAAGAAGAGCUACACUCGUUGGAAGAGAAGACACACCGUCAGCUACGCAUACACGAAUUAGUCGUGGAACACUCAUCAAAGGCGACACUCGUCGUUAUGUCCCUGCCUAUGCCGCGAAGGGAGGCGAUAUCAGCUGCUUUGUACAUGUCUUGGUUGGAGAUGCUUACCACCGAUAUUAAUUGUCCUGUAGUGUUGGCUCGUGGUAAUCAAACGCCCGUUUUAACAUUCUAUUCGUAGUUUUGAGUACAAACAUACACACGCUAAGGCGAUUUAUAAGCGUUUAAAACAACAACGGCCAAUGCAUGCACUGAUUACAACAUACAUACGUAUGAAUAUUGAAGAGUAUAUACAUUUUUUGCUUGUAGUAUUAUUAGUUUGUAAUUUGUUAAGGUCAGCUGACCAAAAAAAAAAUUAAUAGAAUAUUGAAAAUAAAAUGUUGCUAUUUUAUAUCAACAAAGAAAUACCAAA